GCUGUCAAAGAAAAAAAAAAUCCCGCACCCUCUUUUCCCAACACUGCUGUUUAUAAUUGGUCCUGCUAAACACAUUGGCAAUUUUCAUUUUUACUUUUCUGACAGGAAAAUGUACCGCUUUUUUUUUUUUUUUUUUACAUUGUUGGUUAGUGAAUAAAACGAUUAAGUAAAAAUUAGUUCAAACAAGAACGCCUUAAAGCUUUAUCCCUACAGGAAAUCUACAAUCCUCUGGUCACAGAUAAAUGAAACUUGGCAUGUUGACCAAGCACACAAAAUAAAGAUCAUGGGAUGAAACUGUUUGUCGACUUAUGAGCAGCUUCUUGAUCGGUAUAUAAGUUUAUUUUUGUGAAUAUUUUCCUUUAAUAUCAGGGCAACAAACCUGUUGCAGUUUAGCAUUUCAACCUUCAUCGUGACCCAGAGUUGAAGCUACCAUUCCAGCUAAAAUGUAUUCAUUACAGGUUUUCAAAGGUCAAUCCCUGUCUCACUCCAAGCUCUGCUCCAAAGUUGUCAACUCGGAUUUUAUAUUGCUUUAUAUUUAAAUAAAUGAUUAAUGCAGAGUAAGGAAGAAAAAAAAACAAAAACGUGUUUAGGGACAUGAAUAUGACUGCUGGGCGCAUGAUAUUAGGACAGGGCUGCAGAGUGUUUGAGCGUGUCAGAGGGAGUCUCCAGUGCCCCUGGCGGCAGACAUUGGUAUUGGACUGUACGAUUACUCCCAGUUUCGGACCCACGUCUUGAACAUCGCAGUGUUGUCGAGGCUGGGAAGCGGUCAGGCGUAUGGACAGGCGGCCGUAACUCCUCCAUCCUUCUCCCAUCGUCACCCGAGCACUGAACGGACUACACUGACGAGUUAUCCCAGCGCGGACCCGGGCCUGCCCCCUUGUCUGCGCUCCGGUGCCUCCACUGCAGGGCCUCGUCUUCUUCAGCUUUACUGGAGGAAAGUGGGUGUUUGCUGCUCACUGGUGUUUCGGCAGCAGCGGCGGCAGCGACGCGAAGUGUCCUCGAUGGCUGGCUGGAAGGACGGCUCGGUGCAGGAGAAGUACCGUCUGGUCGUGGUCGGAGGCGGAGGCGUCGGGAAAUCAGCCUUGACUAUCCAGUUUAUUCAGUCUUACUUCGUCACUGACUAUGACCCCACAAUUGAAGACUCUUAUACCAAGCAGUGCGUGAUUGAUGAAAGGCCGGCAAGGCUGGACAUCCUCGACACGGCUGGGCAGGAAGAGUUCGGAGCCAUGAGAGAACAAUACAUGAGAACAGGGGAGGGCUUCCUGCUCGUCUUCUCGGUCACCGACAGAGGAAGCUUUGAAGAAAUCUACAAAUUCCAAAGACAAAUUCUGCGAGUCAAAGACAGAGAUGAAUUCCCCAUGAUCCUCGUAGGAAACAAGGCAGAUCUGGAGCUGCAGAGACAAGUGACUCAAGAAGAGGGCCAGCAGCUGGCCAGACAGUUAAAGGUGACAUAUAUGGAGGCUUCAGCUAAAAUUCGAAUGAACGUAGACCAGGCUUUCCACGAGCUGGUUAGGGUAAUCAGGAAAUUCCAAGAACAAGAAUGUCCACCGUCGCCGGAGCCUACAAGAAAAGAGAAAGACAAAACCGGCUGCCAUUGUGUGAUCGUCUGAGUCUGCCUUAUUACUGUUAACUCAUGCAGCUGAUCUACCACCCCGCCCCUCCACCCCACUCUGCCUGACAUUACAUCCCAAGAGGAUGACUGACCGCUGCCUUCUCCAUGUGCAUGACUUCAGACAGCCUUUUCUGAGUUAACUUCCACCCAGAACCGCUGUUUCCAGAACGUCGCUAUGGGACAACUGACAAUGCCAAAUUUUAACACCACUCUACCUUCAGCUGUAAUCAAAUUCAC